AUGCCGGCACGACCGCUGUUUUCGGCGACGCGCGAGUUUGUCCCGACGCCGGUCGUGAACUACGAGCCUGAGUUUGCGCCACAAGUCCAGGAGGAUGACAAUCCUGCGCUCAUGAACCCAUACGAUGCCGUGGACGCGCACCUCCAGCACCAGGCACUGCCUUCGUACGACGAGUCCAUGACAGGACAGGGCGUGUACGCGAGCGACGAUGGUGGGCACAGCAUGUACGGGGCCAACUACAAUGCGUACGAGAUGUACCAUGCGGGCACGAGCGACGACCAGCCGUACGCGUCGUCGUCCGACCACCUCCAGCUCGCCCCCGUGCAGGUGCCGUGGAUCGACCGCGGGCACUCGCCGUACCUCGUACCGUACGAGGCGCACUCCAAGGAUGCUAUCAGCUCGACGCACUCGGACGAGGAUCCGAACCAGACGCUGCUUGGCCUGCUGAACGAGUACAGCACGUCGGAGGUGCACAUGCCCGAGGACGCACCGCCCCUGAGCGACGUCGUGCCAGGCGUACCGCCGGAAGUGGACCAGCGGAGCGAGGAGGCGAUGCUCGUGCACUAUGGCCGCAUUCCGCAGCGCCAGCCGCGGCGGCACCACACAGUGCGGCGCGUCACGCUGCACGGCGGCCACCUCGUGCUCGACUGCCCGAUUCCCCCAAAGCUCUUGGAGCGCCUGCCGAUCAAGGACGGCGCCGAGUUUACGCACAUGCGCUACACGGCCGUGACGUGUGACCCCGACAACUUUGCGCGCGAAGGCUUCUCGCUGCGUUCGGUGCAGUAUCAGCCGCCCCGCGCCACCGAGCUGGUGAUUGUCUUGACGAUGUACAAUGAGGACGAGCUGCUCUUUACGCGGACGAUGCACGGGGUGAUGCAAAACAUUGCCUACCUCUGCAAGCUGCGCAACUCACGGGUGUGGGGCCCGAACGGCUGGAAGCACAUUGUCGUGUGCAUCGUCGCCGACGGUCGCCACAAGAUGAGCAGCCGCACGCUCAGUGUGCUGGCGACCAUGGGCGUGUACCAGGAAGGCGUCGCGAAGAGCUCGGUGCAAGGCAAGCGUGUCGAGGCGCACCUGUACGAGUACACCGCGCAGAUCUCGGUCGACAGUUCGCUGCGUUUCCGCAGCAAGGAGCGCGGGCUUGUGCCGGUCCAGAUCGUGCUGUGCAUCAAGGAGCGCAACCAGAAAAAGAUCAACUCGCACCGGUGGUGCUUUAAUGCUUUUGGCCCGGUGCUCCAGCCGCACAUUUACCUGCUCCUCGACGUGGGCACGAAGCCGCGCAACCGCAGCAUCUACCGCCUCUGGGAGGCGUUUGAGCGCGACGCGAACGUCGGCGGUGCGUGCGGCGAGAUUGUGGCGCUGAAAGGCAAGCUCUGGCACGCGCUCUUGAAUCCGCUGGUCGGUGCGCAAAACUUUGAGUACAAGCUGAGCAAUGUGUUGGACAAGCCGAUGGAGAGCGCAUUCGGGUACAUCGGUGUGCUGCCCGGCGCCUUUAGCGCGUACCGCUACGAGGCGCUGAAGAACGACGAGAUGGGCAACGGGCCGCUGUGCUCCUACUUUAAAGGCGAGACGCUGCACGGCGGCACGGAGCACUCGGACAUCUUUACGAGCAACAUGUACCUUGCCGAGGACCGUAUCCUCUGCUGGGAGCUCGUCACGAAGCGCUCCAGUGCGUGGCUCCUGCGCUACGUCAAGCGUGCCCAGGCCGAGACAGACGUGCCCAGCACGGUCCCCGAGCUGAUCUCGCAGCGCCGUCGCUGGCUGAACGGCUCCUUCUUUGCCGCGAUUCACUCCGUGAUCAAGUUUUCGUACAUCUACCGCUCGACGCACACGGCCGGGCGCAAGUUUGCGCUGCACGUCGAGAUGCUUUACCAGCUCGUCCAGCUCCUCUUUUCGUGGUUCUCGCUGGCGAACUACUACAUCGCGUUCCGCAUCCUCACCGAGGCGGUCGUCACCGACCUGCCCUGGGCGCAUAUCCCCGUGGUGAUUUGCUCCUACAUCUACAUUAUUUUUCUCCUCUUUUGCUACCUGCUCGCGAUGGGCAAUCGACCGGCCGGCAACACGAUCGGCUACCUGCUCAGCAUGAUUGUCUUUGCGUUCCUGAUGGUCGUGAUGAUGGCGUCGAUCGUGUACUUGACGUACGCCGGCAUUAUGCACGCGCUCGCGACGAAUCAUGGCGACAGUUUCCUGCACGAUCCCCAGUUCGUGCAUGUGUUUAUCGCGGUGCUGAGCACCUACGGCGUAUGGCUCCUCGGCUCGCUCCUCUUUUUGGAUCCAUGGCAUAUGUUUACGAGCGUUCUUCAGUACCUCCUUCUUUCCCCCAGCUUCAUCAAUGUGAUCAAUAUCUACGCUUUCUGCAACACACACGACGUGUCGUGGGGCACGAAAGGCGACGACAACCCUAACGCCGACCUCGGUGCGGCAGCGAACGGGCCCCUGACGGAUUCGGUCGACGUCGCGAUGCCGACCGAGGCGCAGGACAUGAACGCAGCAUACGAAGACGCGUGCCAUGUCCUCUCCACUAAACCUGUGCGCGUCAAGAAGCGCCGCGACCCAGAUACCUACCAGAAAGACUACUAUGCCACGGUCCGCACCAACGUCGUGCUCGCCUGGACGCUGACCAACGGCGCGCUGGCGAUCGCGAUCACGUCGCUGCCCAAGUCCGUGCAUGGCAUCUACAUGAGCGUCUUGUUCUACUCGGUCGCGGUACUAGCCGCUUUCCGGCUCCUCGGAUCCAUCGUCUACCAGCUCGGGGCCAUUUGGCCGCGGCACUAA